ACAUCUGAAAUCGCCAGGUCGUUCGCAAAUAUAUUAUUUCAAAGUUAGCCCCAUAUCUGUACAUACUGUACUUGACACAGAUGAAUGUACUGUCUUCUGAAAAAAUUCUUCUGAUGAAUCUGUUUAACUGAAAAUAAUUCUAUUCAAUAAUGAUUUCUGUUUUUCCAUGCAUUCGAUGGCUGUGAGCAUUAUGACAGCAUCAGUAUCAUCGGUGCACGCUGCAUAAUGCUGGCUUUACAAUGUUGCUAUUACAACUCAUGUCCUGGGUUCGAUUUUAGGUCUGCUUCUUCAACGCGUUGACAAAUUAUUGGCUUGCAAGACGGUCGAUAUUUCCGGGACAUUGAAAAAUAUUCCGGGACGCAUGGACGAAUUAACAUUCGACCGGCGGAUCCUCAUCGCCAACCUGCGCGCAGACGUCGAGACGCUGGAUAAAAUCCUGCGGCGUCUACUGACAUCUCAAGCGCCUUCACUCUCCCUUCCGGUUAGUAAAUUCCGGUCUUGGAAAUAUCCCGGCAGUGCCGCCUUGGACGUCGAUGUCACGACCCUGCUACAGUGCUUCGGUCACCCCCGCCCAACUUGCACCGCCGCCGAGCUGGAAAGGUCACACACCGUCUUACUGGAACUGGCGGUAGACCGGGUCGCCAUGAUCAUGGCGAUGGCCAUCGCUGUAUUCCGCCGCUGCUCUGGAACUCCCGACCAAAAGAACGCGGUUCGAACGGCCUCACUCGCUUCGUUAGGGAAACACUACGUCACCUCGUUCCGUGAAAUGCUGGCAGCGUGGGGCGUGGGAAGGGCACCGGUAGAGAAAAUAGCGGCCGAUAGUCAGACUGAGUUUUCCUAUGAUCCCCAUGAAAACUGCGAGAACUGUCGAAAAUUAACAGAAGUGAAGGGUUCGGUUCACCGAUUGGUCGCAGAGAAUUUCGGCAGAGAAAUGGCGGAUUUGUUAGGUGACCUUCCAUCCGGGAUGUUUACGGAGAAGCUGCAUCAUCUUAUCGCGCAGCAGCUGGAAAAGCGUGCUUCUGCGGAAAGGGUCAACGAAGACCUAAAUAGCCAUUUGACGGAAUUGCACUGCUUAGUAAAUGUGGAAGAAAUAAAAAAGGAAGAACUGCAGCGCCAGUUAGGAGAUCUACGACAACGCAAAGAACAGAAUAAUGCGGAGAUUCACCGAAUACAAGCGGAGAUUUCCGGGUGGCGUGAGGAACAGGAAAAGCUGGUUGGUGAGCAAAAGUUCGAACAACAGCAAGCGGAAUCGCUGAGCGAAGAAAUUCAGAAUGUCGUUGCCCAAUCCGAAAAAGUGCAGGUACACGAACAAACUCUAGUUCAGAAAAUUUCAGCACAGGAAGAACUGCGAGCAACCGAGCAGCGCCGAUGGAGGGCCGUAAUCGACGAACAGAAGAAGCUGGUGGAAAUCAAACAGAAUGAAGUAGCCACUAUUAGAAAAGAAUUUGAUCCACAGUGGAAAGAAAAGCUUCAGCAAGCACAAGAGGAUUUUAAUGAGAUAACGCAACUGGUUGAAAAUGCGAAAUCAAUGUACUACCGGAAUAUUCAACGCAUCAAAACGCUUAAAGAAGAACUGGCUGCAACAAACAGCUGAAACCGUUUCCAUGGAAAUUCCUGGCUUUUAGACCAGCGAAGAGCCUAACAAAAUCCUCACAACGGACCAAACCAGUGAGCAUCCACAGCGAGAAAUGACGGAGUCCGAACAAACGAGACCAGAACAACCGCCAUCAUUGAAAUCCAUUCUCAAAGCGCCAACCACCCGCA